CGUCAUUACGUCACGUACGCAGGGAGGACAGCCCACAUCCAUGGGACAGCCGAAGACACUACAUGUGAACGUUCUUGACCCCGAGUUUGAGUUUAAACUGAAACAACGCGAAGUGGAAACAUGUCUGUGUGUUUGUCGCGUAGUCUAUGCAGGGUGUUAUCCCGACACACCGCUUCGUCAAGCUUCAUGUUGGGAGAACAUCACCAUGCUGUACUAAGUCCUUGGUUUGCUUCUGUGAUGACACUGAAGACAUCUGCUCCUCUGAGAGCGGAGCCUAAAAAGAAGAAGAAAGUGUCCCCAAUGACAGAGCAGUUGCAGAGAGAUCGGCUGAAAAAAAGAGUGAAGAGGCUGGAGAAGGUUCCUCCUGAGCUUAUCCCCAUAGAGGACCUCAUCACUCCAGUCACAUGCAUGGAUGAAACAAGGGAGCGAUCUGCACCAAACCUGUCAUUUGAAGAGAGUGAGCGUCGAGCCCUGCUGUUGAAGGAGUGGUGUCGAUUUAAACAGGAGCAGCACAUGGCUGAAAUGCAAGCUGUUGAACUUGCUUUGAAAGCGCAGACGGAGGCCCUGGAGGAGCUGAAGCUGGAGUCUGAGGAGCUGUACCACGCAGCACUGAAGCCAGACACUCAUUUAUUUCCCUUUACUCAUGAAGGCCCUGUCCACACCCCGCCAAUGAACACGUACGAAGCUCCAGAUGGGAAAUACAACGACAUCACUAAAGUUUACACUCAGUGAUGGACUGGAAACAGUUUUUCGCCUGGGUCAAUUGUCAUGUAUUAAGUGUAUGUUUCUACACAACUUAAAUGAUUCAAAAACCAUACAUAUGAUGGUCUGAAGGACAAUUCUUUUUUUUCUUUUUGUCGAAUCUCCUGUUUUUUAUUAUGUCUGUAUACAAUGCCACAACAUUCAUGAAAAUGAUGCAUAUAUUUCUUUCCUCCCACAUUCAUAUGUGUAUAAAACAAAACUCAAGACAAAAUAAAGUAAAAAUGUUUUUUAUUCAUCCAA